AUGGAAUAUAUCUUAAUAAAGAUUACAGAUACAACCAUUGUCCUCAAAACAGUAACAAGUCAACAGACCCAUUUAGUUCAUAAGCCUACCAAGAUAACUGUUGCAGAAAAGGAACCCAAACAGCGAAAAAAAAAUAACUUAAAGACAGCUGAUUAG